CACGUGAUAAUUUAUGGGCGUGUCUCCUACUUGGCAGCAAGCUAGCAGCAGAGGAACAGUCACCUUUACAAAUUACACAAAGAGAAGGCUAAGAAGACAAAGAAAAGAAGGCAGUCAUGUUUUCUUGGCUCAGGAAGGACAAGAGGCACGAUGAGGUCAAAACUUACCAAACUGUCAUAGAUGGCCUCAAAGAGAUGUACAAAACAAAGCUCCUCCCACUAGAGAAAGAGUACAAGUAUGGUGAGUUUCAUUCCCCGUACCUCAACGCUGGAGACUUUGACGCCAAACCAAUGGUCCUCCUGAUAGGCCAGUACUCUACUGGAAAGACUACGUUCAUCCGAUACCUUUUAGAAAGGGAUUUUCCUGGCAUUAGAAUAGGCCCAGAGCCGACUACUGAUCGAUUCAUGGCCCUCAUGCAUGGACCCCACGACCAGUCUAUCCCAGGUAAUGCACUAGCCGUUGAUCCUAACCGUCAGUUCCGGGCUCUCCAGCAAUUUGGAAAUGCUUUCUUGAGUCGUUUCGAAGGUUCUUGCCUCCCCAGUGGCGUCUUGGAGAGCAUAACGCUCAUUGAUACUCCUGGUAUCCUAUCUGGCGAGAAGCAGCGGGUCCAUCGCGGCUAUGACUUUGAGGCCGUUAUUGAGUGGUUUGCUGAUCGUGCCGACAUGAUAAUCCUUCUCUUUGAUGCCCACAAACUCGACAUAUCCGACGAGUUUCAACGCGUCAUCCACACCAUCAAACGAAACCAAGAGAAGAUACGUAUAGUCCUUAACAAGGCUGACAUGGUGACGACACAGCAGCUUAUGAGGGUCUAUGGUGCUCUUAUGUGGUCGCUGGGAAAAGUCGUGAACUCUCCCGAGGUUGUUAGGGUGUAUAUUGGUAGCUUCUGGGACAAGCAGCUCCAGUUUGAUGAGAAUAGGAGGCUCUUUGAAGCAGAGCAGGAGGACCUCUUUGCCGAUAUCCAGUCCCUCCCUCGUUCUAAUGCCGUUCGUAGACUCAAUGAGAUGAUUAAGAGAGCGCGUCUUGCAAAAGUCCACGCUUAUAUCCUAGACCAGCUCAGGUCCCAGAUGCCAUCGCUGUUUGGUAAGCAAAGCAAGAAGGAUGAGCUCAUUACGAACCUCCCCAACAUAUUUCACUCCAUUCAGAAACGUUACCAGCUCCCGGUCGGUGACUUCCCUCCGGUCAAGCGCCUCCAGCAGCAACUAGAGGAAUAUGAUUUUACCAAGUUCCCUAAACUCAACGUUGGACUCAUUGACUCUGUCGAUGUGAUGCUUGCCAAGGACCUCACUCGUAUUAUGCAGAUGCUACCUAAAGAGGAAGCGCUUACAAAAGACAAGAGGAUUCGAGGUGGAGUUUUUGGACACACCGAGUCAGACCCUUUCUCUACAAAGCGUGACCUCACCAAAGCUUCUACUUACACGGCGUACGAUGAAGGAUGGAUAGUCAGUCCUGACGCUGCUAGAUAUGAUGCCAUUUUUGAAAAACUAGGACCCAAUGCUCAAGGAAAGAUAUCGGGUGGAGUGGCACGAGAGGAAAUGAUGAAAUCCAAACUCCCUAACUCUGUAUUGCGUAGGAUAUGGACACUUUCUGACAUUGACGGGGACGGAAUGCUUGAUAGAGAUGAGUUUGCUGUGGCUUAUUUCCUCAUUGAUCACAAGUUGGCCGGUAAUGAUAUACCAGAGACCCUUCCUGAACGGGUUGUCCCCCCGGCUAAGAGAUCCUUGUACAAUAAAGAUAGUCCUGGCGCUUCUCUAGGAGGAGGAGGAGGAGGUGGAGGGAGGGAGUAUAGUUACGGUGGGAGAGAAGAGAGACGUAAGAUGGAUAGUUAUGAUGAAGAUCACGGUUUGGAUCAGUACAUUCAGUAAAACUACAUGUAUUUGAUUACCAUAGAGUAAUUGCUGUACUUUCUCUAUCUCUCUCUCUCUGUAUGCAAUUUUAAUACAAAGCUGUGAUUUCUAUUCUUUAUUAUUAUUAUUAUU